AUGGGCCUCUUUUCUCGCAAGGAAAAGGCCCCCAAAGCCUCGGGCAAGCCAUCGAUCAACACGUCAAACGUGAGCAUCGCCUCUGGUGCUUCCAGCAUCAAAUCACCACCGCCACGCAGCACUACAAUGAACAGGUCUUCCGGAACGAGCACGACGCCCGGCACGCCUUUGACGCCCUUCUCGCCUACCUCGAUACCCAAGGUCGACAUGCCGCGUCCUCCUGACCCGCAGCUUGACCCGGCAGGAUACCUCAGAAGCUUGGGGGCGGUUAGAGAACGAAGCAAAAUCGUCACGGACAAGGCGAUCCGCAACGAAUUGAAGCACUUUGACGUGGACAUGCGCAAGUUCCCAGACGUUGUGACGUUCGUCUCUCAGAUCAUCAAGAGAGACUACGACGCCCCGUACAAUUCGAUUCCUAGCCACGGAAGACACCAGCACUUCUGUGUCGGCGGUCGUGACCGCAUUGCACAGCUUCUUUCCACAUUCCCCGAAGAUGUCGACAACAGCGAAAAGUGUCGGCGCAUGAUCGACCUCUUCCUCGUGAGUGUGCUUCUCGACGCUGGCGCAGGCACAAAGUGGAGUUACAAGAGCACCGAGAACGGACGCAUAUACCGCCGGUCAGAAGGCAUCGCCGUAGCCAGCUUGGAGAUGUUCAAGAGUGGUCUUUUCUCCAGCGACAGCAGAAACAAGUUCCAGGUUGACAAGGAGGGACUGCGCAACCUGACCGUAGAGAGGGUAUCUGCAGGCUUGCAGUCGAAACCGGGCAACGAAAUGGCAGGCAUUGAAGGCAGGACACAAUUGCUCCAACGGCUAGCAAAUGCCCUGACCGAAAAGAGGGAAUACUUUGGCGAUAGCGGACGGCCAGGUCACAUGGUUGACUACCUCCUAUCGCACCCCUCGACUCAAGCUUCUUCGAUGCCCAUUGUGAUUCUCCCUACAUUGUGGAAUCUCCUGAUGAAUGGCCUCAUGCCCAUCUGGCCAGCUUCCCGCACCUCGAUUAAUGGCGUAUCUCUCGGCGAUGCCUGGCCUUGCCAAUCAAUGCCGCAACCACCGCAGAGUCCGACGACUUCACAAUUCUCACCAUUCCCGCCGUCUGCCCAGAACUCGACCGCGGCAUGGGAGUCUAUUCUGCCGUUCCACAAGCUUACACAGUGGCUCUGCUACAGUCUGAUGCAGCCUAUGCAGUCACUACUUCGCAUCCAUUUUGCUGGCGUUGAACUCCUCACCGGCCUGCCUGAGUACCGCAACGGCGGUUUGUUCAUCGACUUGGGAGUUCUUACGCUAAAGGCAGGCGAUUCCGAGAGAGGCCUCGAGCACUACGACGAGUACUGCAGAAGGACAAACGUCAAGCCAGUUGAAGUUGCACCAAUGUUUGAGCCUAGCGACGACGUGAUAGUCGAGUGGCGUGGUGUCACGGUCGGCUUCCUGGAUAGGCUUUGCGCAGAAGUCAACAAGCACAUGAAGAACGACCUGAAGGGCAAUCAGUUGACUCUCGCGCAAAUACUCGAAGCCGGAAGCUGGAAGGGAGGUCGUGAGAUGGCAGAGUUUAGCAGACCCAACACGAAAGAACCGCCAAUUUUGAUCGAUAGCGACGGUACUGUUUUCUAG